GUCAUGGCGACGCGGUGCUUUCCUUCUCCGCUCUUCUCGCUCUCCAAGCCCCAGGCGUCUUAAAAACACUCUCUCCUAGGAGAGCGUCUCUUUCUAUCAUUCAGUAAUAACUUUUGGAGAUACAGUUUCAGGCGCCAUUAGUAAGCAACUCUGUCUGAUAUCCUAUCUGGAGGUCAUCAUGGAAGAUUUGGCUGCAAAGAAGUGUGUGCCAUGCAACCUGAAGGAUCUACAAGCCAUGACUGAAGAAAGUGCAAAUGACCUUCUAUUGAAGGCUGCUGGGUGGAAUUUGGUGAAUGAAAAUGGUACACUAAAGCUGAAUCGUUCAUGGAAAGUAAAGAGUUUCACUAAAGGGCUGGAACUAUUCAAGCUUGUUGGGAAUGUUGCUGAAGCAGAAGGUCACCAUCCGGAUCUUCAUCUGGUUGGAUGGAACAAUAUAACAAUCGAGAUAUGGACUCAUGCAGUGGGUGGACUAACGGAAAAUGACUUCAUACUUGCUGCUAAGAUAAAUGGGCUUAACCUGCACCACCUACUGAGGAAGAAGGCUGCUGCUUGACUUGUAAAUACAAUUAGACUUCAGGUUUUUGGUUAAUAGUCUUAUCCAAAGGUAUGAGGAAAGACUUUUUUUUCUCUCUCCAGUUUGUUAGAUAUUCUAAGUUUUGACUUGAGUUCUGCAUAAAUGGGUGACUUGGAGGCUUUGCAAACAUAUAUCUUGGUAGUUGUAGCAUACACUGAUUUUAAAGAUGAGCAUUGAGAGUUGUAAAAGAGGUUUGUAACUUCAUUUAGGGUUUGCCAGUAGGAUUCAUCGUGCUUUUGGUUUGCAGGCAUGUCUUUAAGCAUCCACCGUUUUCCAAUGGGAUCUUCUCUUUUAACUUUGGCAACUUCUCCCACCCAACACCUCACCACAAAACACCCAAUGUGGUUAAUAAACUAGGUCCAAAAUGCAAAUCCUAGCUUAAGUUUUCUUAUUUUUUUCAAAGUCAACUUUUUGACUCGGCUAGGUCUUAUCUAGCUUUGUUUGAGUUGAUUGUGUCAAUAAGGUUUUCAGUUACAUUUUGAAGACAUAACACAUCAAUCCCCUUUGCCCCCCCAGCUGGUAUGGUCUCUAUAUGCUUUUUUUUAUUCGUUUGUUGGGUUUUUUCUUUUUAGACUCACAUAAAGAUCCACGAAGAAGUGGAGCAAAUCCAACAAAAAUCCAUGGAGGUGGAGUCAUUGAGUUUUGUUGCUUGGAAAAGACAACAUUGAUGCAUGAUAAAUUUGGUUCAAUAGACAUGAUAAUGCUGUCCAGUUCUCUGUUGUAUUCUGCAAUUCGUUGGAGAAGACGAUUGAAAGUCCUGGGAAAUAGAAAGAAGGAUGCGCUGCAUGAAAAAUCAAUGAAUGCUAAAUGGUUAAAAACAUGUAUAUAUAAGCUCAUUAUGUACUUUUCAUGUAUACCGUGAAAAUUAUUUGAGUAAUCACUGAAACUACAGUUUGUGACGGUUUUCUUUUCA